GAAAAACUUGACUAAAAAGACUACAAAAGACUAGAAUUCCAAGGAAAAAGGUCACAAAAAACUUGCAUGUCUGAGAAUUUAAUAUUUGCAUGAUGGUAUGGAGAUUGUGUGAAGACUGGAAAAGGGGUCUGGUCUAGUGUAGUCUAUUUCCAAAGAAUUCCUUUUUCCUUUAUAAAUAACAGGGAGAGAGAGAGAAGCUUGCCCUCAAAGCACACCACCCUUUUUAUCCUUCUCUCUCUCUCUUUAAGCUUGGUUGCUUUAUCAGUUUUUUUGGUUCUCUCUCUGUAAGCAAAGAAGCAAAGCAUCUCCUCCACAUUAACUUGCUUUCCCUUGAGGAGGAGAUUCUUGGCAACCAACCAUGACUGUCAAUACAACUACCACAAUCUACUGGUUCAAUUGGAGGGUCUUGCUUUGUUCCAUUUGGGUCUUGAUCACAGCCACUUUUUCCUUUAUUCUUAUAUGGAAAUAUGAAGGUUUCCGCAAAUCUAAUCACAGUAAUGGAGAAACUCAGCAAGAUACGGCAGGAUCUCUUCAUGAGGAUGAGACUUGGAGGCCAUGUUUAAAAGGAAUUCACCCUGCUUGGUUGCUGGCUUUCAGACUUGUUGCUUUCUUUGUGCUUCUGAUAUUGCUAUUUGUCACCUCUUUUGUCGAUGGAGGCAGCAUUUUCUACUAUUAUACUCAGUGGACUUUCACAUUGAUCACCAUCUAUUUUGGGCUGGGAUCAGUGCUUUCCAUGCGUGGAUGUUACCAAUACCACAAAAGGGUUAGUGGCGACAAGGUUGAUAACGUAGAGUUAGAUGCAGAGCAAGGAAGCUAUGCAGAUACUACGGGUGGAGAAACCUCUGACAAUGCAGAAAAAAACCCUGAGUUUCCUGAAGGGCAUUCUGUUCGCCAGCCUGCAGGCACGUCGGGUUAUGUCUUUCAAAUAAUCUUCCAGAUGAAUGCCGGUGCUGUUUUGCUGACUGAUUGUGUUUUUUGGUUCAUAAUUGUCCCUUUUCUUGCAAUCAAAGAUUACAAUCUGAGUGUUCUGGCCAUUAAUAUGCAUACUAUCAAUGCUGUUUUCCUGCUUGCUGAUACCGCUUUCAACUGCUUGCGCUUUCCUUGUUUCCGGAUCGCAUACUUCUUCCUCUGGACAGUGAUCUAUGUUAUAUUCCAGUGGCUUGUUCAUGCUUGUGUGAAUGUCUGGUGGCCAUAUCCAUUUCUUGAUCUGUCAUCUCCAUAUGCUCCCUUAUGGUACUUUUCAGUGGCAUUGAUGCAUUUCCCAUGCUAUGGUCUCUUUGCUUUGAUGGUAAAGCUGAAGCACUAUGCAUUUUCAAGAUGGUUCCCUGACUCCUAUCAGUGUAUGAGGUAGCUUCAACUGGUGGGUUUAUGCAGACAACUGGUUAGAAGGUCUUUGAAGAAGAAAACUCUAAUUUUUUUCCCCCAUAAAAGAUACAGACAAUGCAUCAAAUGGCACAUAUAACAUAAUUGAAACUUCAGGAUUCUUGCAUCAGAAACUUGACAAAAGGUGUUGAUACAUCAGACUGAGACUUGGAAGAUACAAAACAGGCCAAGCAAGAAAGCAGGCAAUCUUUGUUUAUACACCCAUUUUAGGGAGUUGUGUAGUAGUUUUUAAGUUGUAACCACAGAUAGAUAUUCAAAAGAAUUCAAAGGAAAAUAUCUUAUUUCUCCAAGUUUACUUGUCAACCUUUUUUUUUUGUCUCUUUUUCCUGUUCAAGCAAUUUACAUGUGUUUUUACACAUGUAAGUUCCAAUCUCAACUUAAAAUUAUUUGAAUCAAACAUAUUUGAUCAAAUAUCGUGUAUACGUAAAAUGUCAUAAUACAUA